GGAGAAGGGGGUGAUAGAAAGAGGAAACAGGGAGAACAAGAGAGAGACAGGGAGGGUAAAUGGAGAACUUGUGAGAUAAGAAAAGAGACAGCAAAAGAGGGGGGUGCGGAGAGAGAGAGGGGAGAGAGCGGUAGGACUGAAAGAUGGAGAGGAUAUGAAGAGAAAGAAGAAACUAGAGUAAAAGAGCAAUAGAGAGGAGAAGAGAGGGAGAGAAGAGGAGAGGAGAGAGAGAGGAGAGGAGAGAUGCACUGGACAGUGAAAAAGAAGCACACAUUUGCACUUGGUUGAUGGCCAUGUCAAGUGAAAGCGGUGUUCAGCGAGAGAUGAUUUUGCAUUGACCUUCUUGUACAACAACAUGGAAAACAUCACGGCCACUUUCAAAGACAUCCAACAUGUUGUCAACUUAACCGAAAUCCCCCGAAAACCACUGGAGGAGCAAAUCAUCACCAUCUUUUUGACACUGCUGAUUUGCGGAGUCGGUAUCGCCGGUAACAUCAUGGUGGUUCUGGUGGUCCUUCGUUCAAAACACAUGGUCACCCCAACCAACUGCUACCUGGUCAGUCUUGCUUUAGCUGACCUGAUUGUCCUAUUCGCCGCUGGCUUACCCAACAUCUCAGAUGUGGUUGCUUUUUGGAUCUACGGCUACACUGGCUGCUUGUGCAUAACUUAUCUUCAAUACCUGGGCAUUAACGCAUCUUCUUGUUCUAUUUUGGCCUUCACGGUGGAGCGUUACAUUGCAAUUUGUCAUUCGAUCAAAGCUCAGUUCAUAUGUACGGUUUCCAGAGCUAAAAAAAUUAUUGCUGGAGUUUGGGUUUUCACUUCCCUCUAUUGCGUGAUGUGGUUUUUCCUUGUGGAUAUAAAUGAAACCAUCUACUCUAAUGGUGUAGUGGUGACUUGUGGGUACAGAGUAUCUCGGAGUCUGUAUUUGCCGGUGUACUUCUUGGAUUUUGCCUUGUUUUACGUCAUCCCGCUGUUCGUUGCCAUGAUUUUGUAUGGACUCAUAGCCAGGAUUCUCUUCAUGAGUCCGCUACCCCCCCACCUCAGCGACAGAGGGGGGUCUGUGCACCACACCAACGGUAUCAGCAAGAACAGCAAGGGGACACUCACGGCCAGGAAACAGAUCACAAAGAUGCUGGCUGUUGUUGUGGUCCUUUUUGCUGUACUCUGGAUGCCCUACCGCACUCUGGUGGUGGUCAACUCCUUCAUUGAGCCUCCGUACCACGACUCCUGGUUCCUGCUCUUCUGUCGCAUGUGCAUCUACUCCAACAGUGCCAUCAACCCAAUCAUCUACAACCUCAUGUCCCAUAAGUUCAGAGUGGCCUUCAAGAAGCUCUGUGCCUGCUCCAGAGAAGACAAAGAGGACAAGACCGCGGAGAACCAUAUGCCCAUGUAUUUCACUGUACACAGAGAUAUGUCCAAUGAAAGCCACCUGACGCUGACAGAACCUGAAGAGGAGGAAGAAGAGGCGAGAGGUCCAAACAUGAAGAGGGUGAAGAUACACAGAUGUAAUAAAAGUACAAUGUCAGCUUCAUAGUUUGUAAAAAUUUAUGGUCACUUUUUCAUGUGCAGCUCAUCUAAAUGUAAAUAUGUGAUAGAGUGAGGACACAAGGGCCCAGGCCUUUACCAGGCCUAUAGACAGAAGCAGUGUCCUCAAUGUGAAGAAGCAUUUAUCUACAAUAUUGCAGUACUAUAAACGCGGUAUAAAUAUUGAAUUGCAAAGUUGUUGUUUUUUUUCAAAGUAUCAAAUUUUUUGGGAAAAAGACUGAGGGUGGUUAUCUGGCAGCGAGUGGUCCAGGAGAAGUUUAUUAUUACAUGUGUAACUUGCUGGAUCCUUAUUUACAGUGAAAGGUAUUAUGUAUUACUCACAAUGAGUGAUUUAUGAGCUAUGGUCACAGAUUAUAAUUAUUAUGCCAUUUAUGAUAAGCAGUUGUCUUGUCCAAGGACACAACAGCAGUUUAUUUAAAAAAAAAAAAAAAAGAAGAAAGAAAAAAACAUAUUAUGAUAAGCAUAUCAAUAUGGCAACCAUAUACGGUCUAUGAUGGCAACAGAUGCUUAGAUAAUAAAAGUUAAGCAUAGCCAGAGAGUGUAUAUGGAGUGUAUCUGUGAAUUAUUGUGGUCUAAUGAUGUGACACUAUAAGAAUUACAUGGGCAGUGUGUUUCAUUUGUGUGGUGGUGUCAAGCUGUUAAAUGGCUCUAUAACAGCAUCUGUAAUGAGCAUGAGUGAGGGAACAGGAAUGACACUGGGUACACUGGGAAACUUUCCUUGUGCCAGGUACACCUGCUUGUUCCCAGAUGGAGAUGUUAUUAUUUUGCUUGGCAUGUUAUAAAUCUACAGUAUGGAGGCAAGCCAUUAAACAAACUUUUAUAAAUAAAAGCUUGAUAGAUAUGUUUAAUGCCAUAGUGUGGAAAAUUCCAGGCAAAAUAAUAAUAUCUCUGUGUAAACAAGUGGCUGACCUGUGCCAGAAAAGUUUUAUGUGCACCUUUUUAGUAAUAUAUGCUGCUCUAAACAAUUCAUACACAACAGUGAUGUAAAUACAACGUAUUACAAUGGACUCGCACUUUUAUUCAGUAUCAGUGUUGAAUAAUGGCAGAUGUAAGUGUUUGUAAACCUAAAAAUGUGAAUGAAUUUGUAA